AUGAGCUUGUCCCGCCGCACCGUCUAUUCCAGCUCCGUCCGCUCCGGCGGGAUCGGGACCCUCGGGACCCCCGGGAUCGCCCCCGGCCGCCGCUUCGCCCCCCUGGGCAGCGCCGCCAGCGUGUACGCGGGGGCGGGGGGCGCGGGGUCCCGCAUCUCCGUCACCCGCACCCUGAGCAGCGCCGGGGGCGCCUUUGGGGCCGGCUAUGGGGCCGGUUAUGGGGCCGGCCUGGGGGGCAGCGUCUUCCUGGGGGGCUCCGGGGCCGUGGCCAACGAGAAGGAGGCGAUGCAGGACCUCAACGACCGCCUGGCCGCGUACCUGGAGCAGGUGCGGCGCCUGGAGCGGGAGAACCGGCGCCUGGAGACCCAAAUCCGGGAGUUUAUGGCCCAAAAGGGGCUCAGCACCCAGGACUGGAGCCGCCAGUGGGAGCUGAUCGAGGAGCUACGGGACAAGAUCCUGGAGAGCUCGGUGGAGAACGCACGGACGGUGCUGCAGAUCGACAAUGCGCGGCUGGCGGCCGAUGACUUCCGGGUCAAGUUCGAGGCCGAGCUGGCCAUCCGGCUGUCGGUGGACAGCGACAUUGCGGGGCUGCGCAAGGUCCUGGAUGACACCAACAUGACGCGGCUGCAGCUCGAGGGGGACAUUGAGGCCCUGCGCGAGGAGCUGAUCCUGCUGCGCAAGGACCACGACCAGGAAGUGCAGGAGCUGCGGGCACAGGCCUCGCAGUCGGCGCUGACGGUGGAGGUGGAUGCACCACGGUCACAGGAUUUGGGGAAGGUCCUGGCAGAGCUGCGGGCUCAGUAUGACGCCCUGGCUCAGAAAAACCUGGAGGACCUGGAGAAGCAGUGGGGGCAGCAGAUCACAGAGACCACCCUGGAGGUGACGCAGAGCACAAAGGACCUGGACACAGCGCGAGGCACCGUGGGGGCUCUGCGCCGCUCGCUGCAGACCCUCGAGAUUGACCUUGAGGCCCUGCGCAACCAGAACGCGGGUCUGGAAGCGGCGCUGGCCGAGGCCGAGGCGCGGGCCGGGGCUCAGCUGGCGCAGGUGCAGCUCCAGGUGAGCGCGGCCGAGACGGAGCUGCGGGACGUGCGGGCGGAGCUCCAGCGGCAGAACGAGCAGCACCGCGAGCUGCUCGGCCUCAAGGACCGGCUCGAGGCCGAGAUCGCGACAUAUCGGCAGCUGCUGGAGGGCGGCGACGGCGGCUUCAACCUGAGGGAUGCCCUGGACAAGGAGACCACGGCCACCACGGCAGGGACAGGGACCACCCACCGCGUGGUCACCGAGACCAGGGAGGUGAAGGUCCGCACGUACUGAGGGGGUCACAGGACCCGAAAACCGGGGGCGGGGGGGCCCCGAGCCCCUCCAGAUCCAAAUAAAGUGGUGAUUCCCAUGAAUGGGAGACGGGAUGUGCUGUGUGUCCUUCUGGGGAGAAAACGGGGGUGGGGGCACGGGGCUGAGACUGGGGGGAAACUGAGGCACGGGGUGUGGGGGGCUGUCAGGGGACGGACAGAUUCCUGUACCCCCUCCUUGUCACCAUCCCGACACCGAUCCCCGGUCACCCAUGCCCCCUGGGACACCCCUUUUGUCCCCCACCCGUGUCGAGGGGGCAUCGAUCUCCCAGAACCGGCCGGGAGGAUCCCAAAACGUCCCUGUCCCCGCCGGCCCCGGGGUCAGCCCUGAGCUCCGUCCCUUCGUGAGCCGCUCCCGGGGGUACACGGGGGUCGCGGGACACGGGAUCCCGGUGUGGUGCCCGUGCUCGAAGAUCGCGGGGAUCCUCGUGCCCGGGAGUCUCGGUGCCCGGGGAUCCCGGUGCAGCUGCCGGGGGGCGUCAGUGCCCGGGGGUCCCUGGGGUGUCAAUAGACCGGGGGUGUUGGGGCUCAGAGGGUCAUGUGCCCCAGGGUGCCGGAGUCGGGGGUCUCGGGGCGCUGCCAGGGCUGUCCGUGUGUGCGAGAACCCGUGUCCGGGACUCCUGGUGUCGGGGGUCGCAGUGACCGGGAAUGCCAGAGGCUGUCAGUGCCCACGGCUCCCAGUGUCCUGGGGUCUGGGGAGUGACGGUGUUGGGGCGUCUCGGUGUCCGGGGUGUCACUGCCCGGAGGUGUCGGUGACCGGGAGUUCCGAGCAGCCCGGGGGUCCCGGUUGCCGGGGGUGUC